AGAAAGGAAUACUGGAGAAUAAGAGCAUACAGAAAACCAGUCAUUUCUCAUCCACACUGUGUGUGUGCAUGUGUGUGUGUGUGUGGUGGUGGUGGUGGCGGCGGCAGGGGGGAGGGUGAAAGUGAUGAAGAAGUUGAACUAGAGGCACCUUAAGAGAAGGUGGCCAUUGGGAAGGUGGCUCCUGGCUUCCGGAGGGGAGGGAGGGCAGGGACAAGAUCCCCAUCUAUGGGAAACAAAAGAAAGUAGUUUGGAGAAUUCAUUAGCAAACACCAUCUGGAUGUGAUGAAAACUAUUUUGGUAUUUCCAGUGCUUUAGAUCCUUGGCUUGGAUUGUGGAGGAAGCAAAGGAAAAGGACAUAAAAUGCAUCACAAGAGGCAGAGGGAAGGAAUAGGAGAUAAAUUUACCCUGUCUUUUCCCUUUUCUGCAGCCUCCCUUCAAAGCCUAGUCUUUCUCAACUAUGCAUCUGCACCACUCUGGUACUCUCAUGUGUCUCUUCCUUCACUGGUCUCCAGGAGAAUGGCUUCCUAGUGAUCUGAGAAGAAAUGGAAUCUGCUCUCUAGAGUAGAAGCGGCUACCAGUGAGCCAGUUUGCUGAAGCAAGUCAUGGCUGCAACAAUGAGUCCCCAGGCAUACCCAUCCCCAAGUGAGGACUCCACAGAGGAACAGAAGUCAGCCCUUCCCAGCAAUGGCUCUGACUCUCAAACUUCCCGCCAACGCUUCAGGCACUAAUGCUCCCAGGAGGUAGCUGGCCCCCAUGAAGGAUUUAGCAAGCUCUGGGAACUCUGCUGUCAGUGGCUGAGGCCUAAGACACACUCCAAAGAGCAAGUACUGGAGCUGCUGGUUUUGGAGCAGUUUCUCACCAUCUUGCCACAGGAGAUCCAGACCUGGGUGAGGGAGCAACAUCCAGAAAAUGGUGAGGAAGCUGUGGCUCUAGUUGAGGAUGUACAGAGUGCGUCUGGGCAACAGGUCCCAGAUUCAGGGAAGGACUGGAAAGUGCUCAAUGAGGAGACAGACCCUUGGGGACCAGCCAGAGAGUCACAGAGGUCCCACCUGAAACGGCGGGUUCAUCCAGAGGGAAGCACUUUGAUGGGGUCACGGAGCUCACAACAAAGAUCAGGGAAACAGCCAGAAGCCUGGCUGACGGCACAGCCUCCCAGGAACCUUCCCUAGAAAAGGGGUCUUGGAGACAAGGAGACAGGCGCUGCGCAUGGGACAGCUGGGGCCCAGGGAGCAGCCACGUGUGAGGACAGAGCUGCACUCCUCGGUCAGGAAGGACGGAUACACCUCGGCCCGGCACAGAGUGCCCUCCGCAGGGACAUUUCACAGAGGAAUGACAAAAACGACUCUCUGGCAGGUGUGUGCUGGGGUGGAGAGACAGAGACUCCCCUGGCCAUUCUCUGUAAAACUCAACUUCAUGAGAAAUUCCAGACUCAUCAGAACAGCCAGACCCACAGGGCAGUGGCAAAAGAACUCUGGGAACAGGGCUUUCUGUGGACCCCAGAACAGUGUCGCACCAAGUUCAACUGCCUAUAGUUGAGAUACCAUAAAGUGAGGGAGACUGUUGCUGAGCCAUAUGUCCUUGAUGAGGAAAUGGAUACCCUGUCAAGCUCCUGGGCCUCUGCACCCACGGUGGCAAGCAGUGCUAUUCUUGGCUAAGAGCGAAGGGUUACGGAGUUUGUGGGGAUAAGUCAGCAGAACGGGGAGCCCAGAGGUCAGAGAAGGGGCUAUGUGGAUGGUGCAGCCAGACAUGAAAAGGACUUCUGGAAUCCUGGCCAGGGAGGUAGGAGACGUGACCUGCCAGUUCUGUUCCCACACAGUGCUGGUCUUGAGAUCACGAAUGGAACUAAAAACGAGAAUCGAAAAUGGGAAGAUCCAGAGGAGGCAGAAGUGAAGAAGGCCCUUUGGAGAAAGUCUAGUGGCCUUUUUUGCCACCCUGAGACCAAGAGAGACAGGAAGAGUGAGCCUAUGCCGAAAGAGCCACAUAGACGUUCUCCGGAUGAGCGUGAGGGGACGGCCCUGUCCCAGGACAGGGGUCAGCAGACACUCUGUGCUGGAGAGAAGGCCCGAGCAAAUCUGAGCAGAGAAACCUGCUCUCAGGGAUCUCUCUGUCGCCACCAGCCAGGCCCUGAACUGGAAAAAGCUUCUAAGUGUCAGGAAUGUGGGAAAAGCUUUAGCCGAGGUCCUUACCUUGUUCGGCAUUGGAGAAUCCACACCAGAGAAAAGCCUGACAAGUGCGGCGAAUGCGGGAAAGGCUUCAGCGAGCGCUUCGACCUCACUGCCCACCCAAGGACACACACGGGGGAGAGACCCUACCGCUGUGGGCAGUGUGGGAAAAGCUUCAACCAAAGGUCUGGCCUCAGUGUCCACCGGAGGACCCACACCGGGGAGAAGCCUUACCGGUGCACCGUCUGUGGGAAGAGCUUCAACAACAGCUCCCAGCUCAGUGCUCACCGGCGAGCCCACGCAGGGCGGAGCCCCCACCUGUGUGCGCAACGUGGGAGAAGCUUCGGCAGCAGCUCCCACUCCAGUGGCCACCAGAAAACGCACACCGGGGAGAAGCCUCACAACUGCUCGUGUGAGAGAAGUUUCGCUAAGCUCCAUGCCCCCAUCUGCCAUCAGGGGGCACACGAGGAUGACACCUCACAUCGCCAGGAAGGGACACACGGUACAGGGCUGGAGAGCCAACAGGCCAAUUCCGUACAUUGA